UCGUAAUCUGACUAACUUCACACAAUCCCCAGGCUGCUAGAAGGACAGGGAGACAUGGCUGAAACCAUAGCUGAUACAAGAAGGCUCUACACCAAGCCUCAGAACUUAAAUGACGCCUAUGGACCUCCGAGUAACUUUCUAGAGAUUGAUGUAAGCAACCCUGAGACGGUCGGGGUGGGCAGAGGCAGAUACACCACGUACGAAGUCAGACUGAAGACCAACCUACCCAUCUUCAAGCUGAAGGAGUCUUCUGUACGGAGGCGGUACAGCGACUUUGAGUGGCUCAGAGCGGAGCUGGAGAGGGAGAGCAAGGUGGUUGUACCACCUCUCCCGGGGAAAGCUCUUUUCCGGCAGCUUCCUUUCCGAGGGGAUGAUGGCAUAUUUGAUGACUCUUUCAUCGAGGAGCGGAGACAGGGUCUGGAGCAGUUUCUCAACAAAGUGGCCGGUCACCCUCUAGCUCAGAAUGAGCGAUGCCUGCACAUGUUUCUACAGGACGAGUCUGUUGACAAGAACUACACCCCAUCCAAAAUCAGACAAGCCUGAGGGAAAGAAAAAAAAUAAAUAAAUGGAUGGCUCUGCUUGGCCUGGUCUCUCUCUCAGCCCUGCUCAGCCUUGCUUGGCCCAACAACCCAAAGCUCUUUUCACUGCUCCAGGUUUCUCUCAAACAAACAUUUUAAUGACAAUAUCUCCCACCCCCUCCCCCUCCCCCCAGAAAAAUUAUAUAAUUCACUGCCUCUUUUAGUUUAGUUAUCCUGAUCGGUGUUUGUUUUCACCUUCUAAUCGGAGUCAAGAAUGUUCGACACGUAACUGUGGUUCAAAGUAAUUUAUAGCAAUUUCUCUUUGUCUGGAAAUGCCACUAACAUGGAUAUAUUAAUGUAUUUAUCAUUUAGCUAUGUCUUAAAUAUAUUCAUUUAUAUAGUAACAUUGAAUGAGUGUUCUGUAUAUGCAAAGCUCUCGUAAUGACCCACAGCGUUUCUCGUCCAGUAUGGCAUGUUGCUCACCACCGACCUAACAACUAAACACAAAAAACACACAUGCGACGACGGGGCUUGACUUUCAAAUCACACUUAGGUGUUCUCCGAAAAAGGAGGCGUGCAUAUGUGUGUGUGUGUGUAUAUUGACCAGCACCUGCCCAGUUAUCACAAAUGAUUUUCUAGCAAGAGAUUUACACAGAGGGAACUGCAGUAUUUCUACUGGCUAUAUGCAUUUUGAGAUUUGUAUACUGCUGUGCCAUUUUUGUUUAUUUUGAAUAUUUUCCAAUAAAAUAGGUGAAACGUC